AUGUUCAAGUUUACCAAGUUAUUUAGUUUAGAGCAUGAUGUCAUCCCUAAGAUACCAAGCGAUCAAUUGCCACCAGAGGCAAAGCAGGUUUCCUCACCGCCACUAGAUUCCUUUGUCAACAACAACAACAACACAAAGAAUGACGACAUGCCCAAUCAUUACGGAUCGUCAGCCAACAACAAUCGUAUUGGCAACAAUAAUGACAGACCAAUACCAUUCAAGCUUGGUUCUUCAUUCAACAAUAUCUAUGCAUCACAACAGUUGCAGCAGCUACAACAACAACAACAACCGCAGAUUAACACUCCACCUUCAUAUUUACUACACCAACGUCAUCAACAACUAAUAAACACUUCCGGUGGAAUGAAUGGCAGUACAGGAUCAUUGUACACAGCACCAUCCAAUCCUAAUACCGACAGUGAUGAGGACGACGAAGAUGUCAGGAUCGAUGACUUUACAACGAUGGACAGCGACAAUGAAAGCAACAGUCGUGGCAGUUCGCAGCUAUACAAUACAUCGCAGGCCACUGGCGGACAUUCAUUGGACUCUGCCAAUAUCUUUGAAUACUAUCAACAGUUCCAAAAGAAUGUGGCACAGAUCAUCGAUCUAAAGAUCAUUGGCAGAGACAACACUGGAACUUUUUUAAUAUCACGUGUGGCAAUAUAUGAUGGUAUUACAAAAACCUCUAUUGACAAGGUGGAUAUCUAUGCAGUUCAGAGACGACCAGAGUGCAUCCUAAAGUUCACAGGAACCAUCAUCAAUGCAUGCAUCAGCAAUGACACGAGCAAAUCACUGUUGAUAUUCACUGUCAAGUUGCCUGACAAAGUGAUCGAUAGGAACACCAAGAAUGAAGUGUAUUCAUCAUAUAUACAUGAGAUCAAUAGAAAGACAGACUUUCAUGCAUUGGAGAUGAUGUCACCAUUCCCAUUGUCCUACCACUUUUUGUGCGUCGAUAAGAACACGAUGCAUCUACUGCUCAUCCAAAGCAAUGAACUCUACACUGUCAAGGUGCCAAUACUUCGCGACGCCAAUGGAAUCUAUCUGACACCCACCAAAAAGACAGUGGUCCUAAAGAAGACUCCAAUCUUCAAACAGUUCUUCUGGUAUCAAUUCGAUGAUAUCACUCAAACUCUCUAUUGUCUGGCACACCAGAAACUCCGCUCGGCCAAUGGUCCCUCUGACAAUCUCUUCCGCUCAUGGGUCUUCCAGAAUGGCAAGCCUGUCCCACUACAUGAGUUCCUCAUCCCCCUGAACCUUAUGCCAACUUCGUCGGACAAGGAGGUAUCGCCCAAUCUUCCUUUCCCCUUGCUACUCUCACAGAGGCCCGAUCCAGUUCACCAAAACAUCCAUAUGGUUAACUUGAAUGGUAAUGGACUGUGUCUAUGCCAUCAAGAAGAGUCAACACCAACAUCAAUUAGGAUCAGUGUAUAUAUAUUACAUCUUCGUCAGCGUAUAAGGUACUCAAUCCCUUUGACGAGCAUUGAUGGUGGAGCACAAUCGAUACAAGUGACACGAGUCUUGUUUGACUGCAUCCUCAACCUAUUGAUGGUCUACAUUCCUGGACACUUUUUACAGUUUAUCGAUUGUUCCUCCGAUCAUGAGCCCUGCUUUGGUGUCACCAUCUACAAAGACCUUUCAGCGCCUCUCAAAGGUGAUUCAUCACACGAUUCCUCUGACAUUGUAUCAACGAGAACCAGACCAAUGCCAACCAAGAUCAGUACCUCUGUGAUCCCAUACUACCUAAAGUCAAAGCCAGACCAAUAUCUAUUCGACUACCAACAUGGUAUUUUGUACAAAUAUAACUUUGUAAGAGAGGCCAUUACGAGUCUAUUCGAGAGAGACACGAUCAAGAAUUCUCUUGACCCAGGCACGGACAUCAGAGCACUGCAUCUAGCCAACAUUCACAUUCAAAAUGAUGACGAGGUGGUACUAAAGAUACUUGUGCGACUGGCAAACGAUCCCAACCUGAUCACAUCGGAUCUACUCAAGGAGUAUAUUCUGGGAUCGAGCUACAAGGCAUUGCGACAGAAUAACCUUGACAACACCUAUCUUCAAAUGCUCCCAAUGACAUGUCUCGAAGGCUUGGAUACCACCACUCUAAAGACCAUCCUCAAGGACAUUGACAUCACACCAAUCACCAGUCCUCUGCCAGCAACCAUUACCUCAAUUCGCAAGGAUGACACGAACAAAAGACGACUCAAAUCAUUCCAAGCGACCAAGCAAGAUACCAUACAACGAGAGAAUACCUUUAACACUUUUCCAGGAUUCCUCAAGAACUUCUUUGACUUCAAAUCAGAUGAUUCCUCAUCGAUCCGCAAAUCAAACUCUGAACAAACACUGGUCAGUCCACCAAAGACACCAAACUCUGGAUCAAAGAUAGCUCUGAACAUCUCACUUGAGAACUACGAAGAAUACUCACUGGCAGACAUUCACAACUAUUCAUCGACCUUGGCCGACUAUUUCCUUUCUGUUUCCCAGAAAGAGACCAGAGAGAAGUUGAUUGAAUGGGCCAACAGCUAUCGACAUGUACAGAUCAACACUGUCAACUUCCUCUACAAUACGAUCAGGAAGAACAUCAUCAACCUGGACGAUGAGAUCAUAUCGAUACGCGACCAUCCAAAGAAGCCUCAACUCUUCCGCGGCAUGGAGAGACUGUACGUGGCGAUCGAGGAGCUCAACUGUCCCUUCCCAAAGGACUUUUUCUCUCACUUUACCAUUCUUGGCUUCCAUUGUCUACCAAGGACAGUGUUUAUGCAGUAUCUGCAGCGAGGUCUAUUCGUUGUUACUGCCACCUUUAUCAAAGAACUGCUCGACUUUCUCCAACACAAACGACUGGAUGGUCAAGAUAGGAACUUCAUCAACCAAGUCCUGUUGCAUCUCAAAGACACAAACAAGAUGGUUGGCUACAUGCAGGAGCACUGUGUAGACAGUGAUGGAAGUGCAUUUGUCUUGGACCAUUUGAUUCAGAAGUUGGUGGCACAGAUUGAGGAACCACGUUGCGAAGCAGAUGCCAUGGGACCUGAUUUCUCCCAGUCUUUGUUUAUGCCAUUGACAUCAUUGAUUAACUAUCUUGACAAGGGUAGUAAUAUCAACAAUAAUAGUAACAACAGUAAUAACAAUAGAACACCACAACAACAACAACAACAACAACAACAACAACAACAACAACAACAACAACAACAACAACCAAAUGCAACUACACCACCUAAAUCAUUCACCUCCCCACCAACCUCUGGACCAAGUUCCCCAACUCUAUCCGGUGGCACUGCAACAGCUGGUCCGACAGCUGUUUCCUCUGCUGCGUCUCAACUGGCCACACUCAACUACAUCAAGAAUCAAGCUCACAAAACAGUGGUUGCCAUGUUGGAAGAGAACCUAGUAUGA